UCCCAAAGCCCAGUACACAAGCAUCUACGGAGCCCUCAAGAAAAUCAUGCGGACUGAAGGCUUCUGGAGGCCCUUGCGGGGCCUCAACGUGAUGGUGACGGGCGCGGGGCCCGCCCACGCCAUGUACUUUGCCUGCUAUGAGAACAUGAAAAGGACUUUAAAUGCUGUUUUCCACCACCAAGGAAACAGCCACCUAGCCAACGGUAUUUUGAAAGCCUUUGUCUGGAGUGAGACAGCUCUCUCCUUCAACAGACCCUUCCCCAGGGCUCUCCUCCCCGUGACCCAGCAGCCUGACGCCUCAUCUCCGCCACGCUUGCUUACGAAUAAAGAACUCUAUAGAGUCGUGUGUGCACACACCCAAACACAUGUGUGCACACACACAUGCUUUUCCUGUCCCCCUCCUUCGCUUUCUAUAAAGCCUGGGGACAAUCCGUGACAGAGGUGUUUCGGUUUCCAUUGUUCUGUGGGUUUUUCAUUUUUUUCAUUUUUUUUUUAAACAUUCAAAAGCAAUUAAUGAUCAGAUCUAGGAAAAAACCCUGAAUAGAAACAAAACUUUUGAAUGCUGGAUUCAAAAAAAAAAAAAAAAAAGUUAUCUGGACAGCUUCUUUGAGACUAUUUAAAAACUGGUUCAACAGGUCUCUACAACGUCAAGAUCUAACUAAGCUUUAAAAGGUCAAGAAGUUUUAUGGCUGACAAAGGAUUUGCUCCAGCGCAGACGACCUUUCCCACCUUAAGCUUCUGGGGGUUUGGGAAUUUCUCCCCCAUUCUCUUCCGUUUGUCUGAGUUGCAUCUCUCUGCGAGCAAGGGCUGAAUUUUCUUUUGUUGUUUUGAGGGAGAGGGUUGGGGUGGGGACGCGAGCUGGGGGUCAGCUCUUACAAAGGCGUGUUUCACUGGGCCCUGCUAAGUGGUUAUUUUUGCCUGUCCUAUGGGUUUUGCUUUCAUUGGUUUUGUUUGGGUGUGGAGUGGGACUAUGGCUAGCAGCAUAAGGUGUACUUAUUUUAACAUAAUUAAUGUUUCAACAGUGGAGAGGUAGAUGUGAUCAGCGACAGCUUUCUCGUUCUGUUCUACUCAGAGGAAGCCAAAAAGCAUCCCUUCCAUCAGCAAACCUGGGAUAGCUGGGAGUAUGGCCACCCUGCUCCACGAUGCAGUAAUGAAUCCAGCAGAAGUCGUGAAGCAGCGCAUGCAGAUGUACAACUCGCCGCACCGGUCGGCCCUCAGCUGCAUCUGGACGGUUUGGAGGACGGAGGGCUUGGGGGCCUUCUACCGGAGUUACACCACGCAGCUGACCAUGAACAUUCCCUUCCAGUCCAUCCACUUCAUCACCUAUGAGUUCCUGCAGGAGCAGGUCAACCCUCACCGGGGCUACAACCCACAGUCACACAUCAUCUCAGGCGGGCUGGCGGGGGCCCUCGCCGCAGCCGCCACCACCCCACUGGAUGUGUGCAAGACCCUCCUCAACACCCAGGAGAACAUGGCCCUCAACCUGGCCAACAUCAGCGGCCGGCUGUCGGGCAUGGCCAACGCUUUCCGGACCGUGUACCAGCUCAACGGCCUGCCUGGCUACUUCAAGGGCAUGCAGGCCCGUGUCAUCUACCAGAUGCCCUCCACUGCCAUUUCCUGGUCUGUCUAUGAGUUUUUCAAAUACUUCCUCACCAAACACAAGCUGGAGAGUCGAACUCCAUACUGAAGGAUUGGGCAGUGGGAAGGGAUUCCAGAAUCUUUUAUUUUUAAAAGGCUCUCUCUGCCUGUUUCCAUUCCCCUGCCCUCACACCAAGGUGAUGUUUGCAGGCGGCGGGAGGGGUUUCAGGGGGCCUUCCACUCCCUGGCACCUUAGAGAGAGGGGAGGGUGGGCCAGCCGCCUACCAGAAGGCCAUGCGUCUGCAGGGACAUCCGAGGUGGUGGUAGAUGGGGCAAGACUUUGGAGGGGGAGUGAGAAAGUGCUCUUUCUGUCCCUCCCCUGAGAGGAACGUAGCUUUUCUGCUUCAUUGCAGUCUCCUCCUCUAGAAUUGUAGACCACACAGGAGGGAAGAAAUGCACACUGAAAACAUGAAAGGAAAAACUAAUUAUGUGUGUGAAAGUUCCAGGACACAGUAUAAAAUAGUUGGAUAAUGUUUAUCCUUUAUUUUUCUACAUAGAGGUCUGGAUUUGUGUGUGUGUGUGUGUGUGUACAAGUACGUGUGACAGCUGGGAAUAUAAAGCUGUUGUUUAAAAAAAAAAUAGACGGCUGAACUCUUCCAUCGGGGUUGAGCAGAAAAGGCACCACAGUAAUGAAUUGCUGAAGGUGGCCUCAUGUUGGAUAGAGCCCCCAGAUGGAAGUUUCACUUAAAUGUAAAAUAAUAAAGCUUAUAUUUU